ACUUUCGUAAUUUUGAAAGGAUUUCACAUUUUUAUUUCUGAACAACGUUUUUCUGAUGUUAUAUUAGCAGUAAUCUUUAUAAUUGGAGCUCCCGCUAGGCAUGCCUUUGCCAUCAGAGCACUAAACUUUAAUCAUCUUAUUUUCUAUACUAGAUCUGAUGGUUAUUUAAAGAAUACAGGUACCAGACAUUUGAAGGGGUGAGUACUCCCAGAUUACAGGAACCGUGGGUUUCCAUCUUAAUCAUGUUGCUAAUCUGUUAUAAUUGUAAAAUGAUACCAUUUUUUGUUUUAGUAUUACUUAAGAAAAACCAAGAUAUCUAUUGAAAUUAAAAGAAAAAAAAUACCGCGAGUUUUCUAAUUUUUUCAGGAUGUCUCUAGAAGUUAAAUGUAUAUCUUGAACGUAAGAAGUAAAAUCUUUAGGAAAAAGGGGAAAACAAUUUCUAUAUAAGAAAGAUGUCUGUUUUUCGAAUAAAUGAUAAAACGAUUUGCAAUAUUCGUUGUACUUACGAUGUACUUAGGGGAAAGUACAUUUUCUCUCACGGCAGAAGCCGACCGCCGAGGUCUUAAGAAAUUUAAGUGGCGAGUUACAGCGACAAUGCUCCCAUUAAUGUCGCUACCAGCUGUUCCGUACAUCCAUGUCGAAAGAAAAAUUACAUACGGAAUUUUUAUUUCUUACGUCAAAUGCUCGACAUUUGAUCGCUCCUAAACAAACGAAAACACAAAAAAUAAUUUAACUUCUCGAGCGAUACAGAAAGAACUUUCACAAACUUCACAAAAUGCAAUGGCUGUUUAGAGCACGAACUAUGAAAAGCCAAAUUGUGCGUAGCAGGUUUCCAAUGACGAAUAUCAACUGUUCUGUACCAGAGAAAACAUAUGAGGACAUUCGCCGAUCAAAGGAGGUCAAGGUCAGCACCCAACCCACCUUUAGUAGAAAUAAUUUAAGAAAAGUUUAUCUUGCGCCAUUUUGGGGGCAACUACUUUAGUCUCUACCUCUCCUUCAGAAUGAUUGAAGAUAUGACUAAAUGAUACAAUGAAUAAAGCAAAAUAUUAUUGCAAACACUGAAAUUCAACCACACAUUUAAAUACAGCAAAUGUAUCGUCAAUUCAGUGCAACUAGGUUAAAUUCUUCAUAGUUAUGAUGUUAGUGAAAUAAAACUAAGUAUUCCAAUAUUUGUAUAUUUUUUAAUCCACCAUGAAACCACAGGGGCUAAGCCCGUUUUGGGCCCGAACCCUGUGAUACCAUAAAUCUAUAUUUAUGGCAUCACAGGGUUCGGCCCAAUAUUUGUAUAUUUUUUAAUCCACCAUGAAACCACAGGGGCUAAGCCCGUUUUGGGCCCGAACCCUGUGAUACCAUAAAUCUAUAUUUAUGGCAUCACAGGGUUCGGGCCCAAAACGGGCUUAGCCCCUGUGCAUGAAACCAGUUUGAUUUGGAUGCCGUGGACACUUGUAAGGGAAAAUGAGCAAUAAGUUCUCGCAUAUUUUGGAGUUGCCGAGAAGAGGGAGGGUGGACAACUAGUUCCCGCGAGUUUUGAAAUUGGCGAGAUGAGGGACGGUGAAAAGUUAACUUCCCGCGUGUUUUGGAAUUGCCGAGAUGAGGGAGGGUACACAGUUCUCGCGUGUUUUAAGAAUUGCCGUGACGGGGAAAGGUGUGCAGUAUAUAAGUUCUCGCGUGUUUUGUUUACAAAGAUUAUAAAAGGAAGAGGAAAAAACAACCAUGAUGUAUAUUAUGCGUAAUUAAUAUUCCUUUAUCAUGUCUCAGCAAUUCGACAGAAGCACCAGUUAACACUAACAUUAAUAUACUGAAGAAACUACUAAAUUGUUUCUUACUUUGAACUCGGCGUAUAAAUUUUCUUUAUCAAAGACAGCGUAAUAAACGCAAUGCAAAUGUGGGCAAGUCGGCGACGGAGUAAAAAGGAACAAACAAAUCUCUCAGCACAGCGGGACUGCGAGUAGGUGACGAAAGCACGCGGCCGAACGUCAAGGGAGCGUAAAUUUCCUAGUCCCUGCUAAUCGUGUUAAUUGCCGAGUAAAUGUGUUCGAUUCACCCUCCCCUGCAAAACAUGCCAUAUUAUUACCCACGGAGACAGAAAAUUAUACCCCCAUCUUUGUCAACGUCAUUUUUGUUUUUCAAAUGUCAAUAUCACUAUAGUAACACUCACCUGUCACAUCGAUAUCAAAUGGUUUCGUGUAAAUUAAAUCUGGAUAUGUCUAUACUUAUACGCACGUAUACCGAAUGUACGAAUGGCAUAAAAUGCUGAAGUGAGUUUUUUUUUAUUCUAAUAUAUGCAGCAACGACCAAAUAGCACACUUAUAUGAAAUAUCUUUGAGUUUUUUUUUAACGGGGCAUUUGUCAAAUUUAUAUAGCAUCAGUUGUUAUCGAGUUUAUACGGCCGCAGUGCAACGGCCCUUUCCGGUCAUGACGUCACAUAUGUCCGUCCCGUUAAAUAACUGGGCGUAUCUGUAAAUAAUAAAGAUGUAUCAUGAAAUAACAUCUUCUAAAUUUUGGCAAGAUUUGACUAAAGCUGUACGAAUUACAUCAUUCGAUUUCCUACAUGCUAUGUAUUAGCAGCAAUCCGGCUUAUUUGCUUCAUUUUGGUAGCGGUAAAAACAGCCAUAUUCAUCGUUUUAAAAAGAAAUGAAAAAAAAAGAAAAUAAGAAAAUUAAAGUAAUUAAAAAUAACAAACAAACAAAAAAAAAAAAACCACCAACAAAAAUACAAAUAAAAAAAAUAAAUAAAAAUAAAAUAAAUAAAAUAAAAAAAAAAAAAAAAAAAACCAACCCCAAAACCCCCAAUAAAGUUAUGAAGAUAGUCUGUAAUAUUUCUUUUAUUUUACAAUUUUCUUUUGCUUGAAUACAAUUUUUAGUCUAUCAAGGGAUUCCCUGAUUUAUAAUUCUUUAGCAUUGCUAAUGGCAUGCUUUUAUACCAUUAUGUUCACAGAGAUAAAUUAAUGGAUGACCAAGAGUAGAGUUACAAAACAAAAUGCUCUUCGAAAUGGAUAAUUCUUCAACUCCCAUGUUACUAGUAUACGUCUGCGAAAUCAUUACAUCAAUCUGUAAGUAAAAAAGCGUGCUGUUGUUUACUUGCAGAGAUACACUUGAGAAUGAUGGAGUAAAACCGUUUUUCUUUACAACUCUUUCAAUACCUGGAGCAAAAUCAAGUUGUUUGUUUAUUAAGUUCAUUUUAAUUAUUUGGAGACCACACUGUAAGGCAGAACUUCGCAGCACGUGAUACCACGUCCAAUUUGUAUAUGGCAUUUAGAGUUUACGUAGUGAUAGAGACGCCGUCUUAGUGUGUUCAGUUUGCCAGAGGAAGGCCAAUAUCUCGGUUGUAUCUCAGCUCUCAUCCUGCGCAUCAGAUAACGUACAAUGAUACACUUGCUUUCUGGAAACUAACAGAAAAUCAUGUGAAUAUUUCUACCUUGCGGAAUAAUUUAUAGAUUUUGAUUUUAUACAAUGACUAUCCACAGCUCUGCAGGGGGACUUGGUCAGCCACGCGGGGCUAGUGUUUCCUCAUACUCCAGCACCGGUUCUGGGAUGGAGCCCAUCACGCCUCAUUUAUUGGAGCCCAGCGAUUUCAGUGGAGGGUCACACUCGAGGUCCAGUAGUGUACGAGAACAAAGGGGUGCACGAGGACUCGUCUCCUCGAAGGGACUUCUACCCCCCACGCCUGGUGUCAUCAGGGGCGGAUCCUUCAGAGAACCUGGAGAGUUGCGACAAAAAGUUGAAAAGUAUAAGAAUCGAGAGAAUGGCCCUCAUACACGUGAUUCUCACCCAGGAGGGCCCCCGGGUAGUUCUCCGGAUCUGCUCUCUGUGUCAUAUGAAGACAUCUCGCGUGGUAAACCGGAUGCAAACCUUCGUAGGGUGCGUUCAUUUAAGACGACAUCAAAAGGCGUUGUAAACAGAGGAGACUCCUUUCGUAAAAAGGGGGCUAGGUGUGGAGGGUUGGGAAAGGAAAGUCCACCCCGCGGCAUGACCCCCAAUGUCAGCCCACACUUGUCCGGGAACCCACGCUUGGCCCCUGCGCCUGUUGUGGAGAACAACUCUUCCUAUUUCAAAAUCGUGGCUCUUGGAGCCCCGGGAGUCGGGAAAACUGCAAUUACGAAGCAGUUCAUGACGUCAGAGUACAUAGCGUUUGACUCGUCUUUAGAUCAAAGUGAACACGAGAAGACAAUUUCUGUAUUACUGAAUGGUGUUGAAUCUACAGUGGAGAUUCUGGACGUCAUGGAUGUCCAGAGUAAUCUAGAGGACAUUCGGGCUGAUGCUUUCUUGGUGAUAUUUUCUAUUGCACACCGGGAUACUUUCGAGGCCGCGGUCCAGCUCCUGCAAGAGUUACGUAUGGAUCUCGGGACGGACCGGACUACGAUUCUAGUGGGAAACAAAUCAGACCUGGUCAGAAAAAGAAAGGUCGCUACCGAAGAAGCCUUGGAUGUAGCCAAUCAGUUUGAUGCUAAGUACACGGAGACCUCGGCGGCACUCAAUCACAACGUGGACGAACUAUUGGUGGGCACCAUAGACCAGAUCCGUUACAAACUCAAUCCGUCCUUACCGGAACCAGUUCUAAAACUAGAUACCCGGAAGUCACAUUCUUUGCGUGUUCCAUCCUUUAAAAGACCAUUUGAAUUUUUCAGUAGGCUUUUUAGACGUGGGAACAAGAAAUCACCGAAGUUCUAAUAUAUAUAUAUAUAUAUAUAUAUAUAUAUAUAUAUAUAUAUAUACACUUUGGAAGAGGAAGUUCGUUUUCUUAAUUUCUCAGAGAGAAAUGGUAAUCAAAAGUUAUUUUCAUAUCAUUUUGACGGCCGCCAUCAAAGGAAGACAAGAAUUAUUGACGAGAGCAGUUUCCUUGUUACUGUUAACUUCAAUUUCUGUUGUACUGUAUUUUUCUGUGUGUAGUCUACAGAGAGACAAUAUUAUCUAGCCUAGCAGUCCAGUAAUGAAUAGAGCAGCAUUACUAUGGUGAUUCUGGCCUAGCAGUCCAGUAAUGAAUAGAGCAGCAUUACUAUGGUGAUUUUGUUUUAUGGUCUGCAAUAUGUUACUUGUUUUGAGGGUGGACAUUUGAGUCCGUGUAGCUACGACAAUCGGAUAACCAUUGAUCAAUGGCUCGCGCGCAGACAUCGGUUGUAAUACGACUAAUGGAAAUAGACGUUAUCCACUUGUUUAAAUGUAUGCUUAGUGACGGUGAAGUCCUUAGGUAUCGCGAGAUUCUCAUUGCUUGCAUACUUUGCUUCUUUUAAUUAGAUAAUCUCAGUGAAAAACAAAAUAAUUGCUGUUUACUUCAACAAAAAUACAUUCAUUUAGUAACAAGGGUUUCACCGCCCUGCCAGCACCAAUUGUAAACGCUUUUGUUAGAGUAAUUCUAAUAAAACGCAUAUUACUUUACUAAUGUGAUGAAUAAGUUUCCCAGGGUAAGGUAUUCUUAAUAAACAUCCGUUUGUAUUUCUUCAUUUGAAUGAAAAUUGCCGGAAAAUGCAAUGAAAAUAAAACCAAGAGGGUGCUGAACUAAGCGAUGCUGUAAAGAAAUAUUUAAUACUGGUCGGCCAUCCCAUCAUAUUAUACCAUUCCAUUGUUAUGUGUGUCUUGAAAUAAAAUGAUCCUUGUUGCUUUUUUGGCUGCAGAGGAGUAUUUUAAAACAGACAGUUUCUAUGAUUUAUGAGAUAUACUAUCGUGAAUGUACACCGCGUUAAAUCCUUUCUGAGUAGCUCUGUUGUACAUUUCAUUUAAUUAAAUGUUGUACUCGUAUAUCUAAAUAAAGAAUAUUAACAUAAUACGAUAUAUUCCACUGUAUUUCACUUGGUGCUUUGUACAAAAAUAUUGUAAUUAACACGUGAUUUCUCCAGACUUAUAACAUGUAUAUAUAUAAUGUGUAUGUAUAUGAACUUAAUAAUGCAUUGAUGUUUAACACACAUAGUUAUAUGCCAUGUAUAAAUUAUUGUCGAAUAAAAAAGGGGCAUAUUAACAAA